AUGCAUGGGAUUACAAAACCAGAGGAUGAUGACAAACUACGAAGAUUGUCAACUCUAGCAUUAGAAGUAACUGUGUGCCUUAAAGCAUUCGAGCCAUUAGCAGAAAUAAAGAAGGAGUUGAACUUUGAACUUGCGGAACAUUUGAUUUUGACGACAAAUAGGAAAGAUGAGGAGGAUGGGGAGCUAUCAGACUUUGCACUAGACAUUAUUGAUAGAUUUGAUUCAUCGGUAGAGUUAAAGCAAAUUAUGCUUUAG